AUGCUGGCAGCUUCACAGUUAGUGGAUCCACGAUACACUCACCUCUCUACAGAAGAUGACGUUGUCGAUGGAAUGCGAUAUCUUCGACGUUUUAUAAAGGAAACAACAGCUAAUCAACACGUCGCAAGCGGUGGAAAUGAGGUUGAGGGUGAAUUACAGACUGAUGUAGAAAGGAACGAGCUUGAAGAUGAUCUGUCGUUUCUUGAUGAACAACUUAGGAUUGAAACUCCCGACAUGAAUUUGCACAUGACUCAAGACAACGAUCUGUUCUGGAAGGAGAAUCAACAUCGAUUUCCACUAUUGUCAAGCUGCGCGAGAGCAUUGAUGUCAGUACCGCCAACAUCAGUUGCCAGCGAACGAUUCUUCAGUCAAACAACACUCUUAUUCAGCGAUAAUUUAAGGGUAAACUUGGGAAACGACCGAACGGAGCAGAUUCUACUUUUACGAUGCCAAAAGAUAUUGGAUAAAGAAAUACAAGACGAAGUCGCGGCAGAACAAGAAAUCGAAGAAUCACUUGAUGAAUGUAUUGACUAA